CACGGGAGUUUGACUGCGAUACAUCGUGCACUGCUCGGGCUACCUCGUAGAGUGAAUAUUGCAGCUGUGCCUUUCUUGCAUCUCUAUCUCUCAGUGAAGGAGUAAGGGUGGAUCCCGUGCUGAGGAAUUAAUCCGGAGAAGAAGCUUUGUAUAUGAGACGCAGUGAGGGAUCGAGGAGCAAGCUAGAGGAAGAAGCGCAAGAUAGUUUCGCUGAGAUGGAAGAGGAGACGGCCGCCUUCACAGACUUGUCCGAUUUCGAGUUCUUCGUCGCCAUACACCAAAAUUCCUGGGACAAACUGAGGCUGCCUGACAAGUUCGGGGAGCUACUCGACGGCCGUGAGCCCCGUGAAGUGAAGCUUCGGGAGGCAGGCGGAGGGCGUCGCCUGUGGGACGUGGAGGUGGUGUUCGACGGCGAGGGUCACAUGUAUCUCGGGCGCGGCUGGGACCAGUUCGCCCGCGAGCACGACGUGCAGCUCGGCCACUUCCUCGUCUUCAGGUACGACGGCGACGAGGUGCUCACCACGAAGGUGUUCGACGGAACCAUGUGCCGCAGGCACUACAAACACGACGAAGACGAUGACGACUCCAGCACGACGCCAGUACCACGUUCGUCGCAGCUUCCAACGAUUAAAGAAGAAGAUCCAGGCAGUGAGAGUAGCAGCGAAAGUGGCCGGAAAAACGGCAUCGACAGUGGCAGCAAGAACAGCAUCUACACUGGCAGCAAGAACAGCAACGGCGAUGGCAGCAGCUCUGCGGAGAUGGACAUCGACGACGCGACGGCAUCGCAGUUCACCGUCAUGCUGAGGCAGUGCCACUUGGGCGCGAAGCAGAAGCAGUACCUGAACGUUCCGGUGGAAUUCCAGAUCGCGCACGAGUACCACAAGAGGAGCGGGGUGGUUCUGCGGAUGCGCGGCAAGUCGUGGCCCGUGAACCUCAAGCGCAGCCUCCGGGCGGGUGGCAUCCCCCGCAUGUCGCUCAGGUACGGGUGGCACCAGUUCUGCGUCGACAACCGCCUCGACGUCGGCGACACCUGCUUCUUCCGGGCGCUGCGCGGGGGCGACGCCGACCGCGGCGAGGACCACGUGCUCAAGGUGGAGGUGCGCAGGCGAGACGGCACCUUCGCGGACUGAUGGCCGCAGAAGUCUAGCUGCAGGCGUCAGUUGCAUCGUCCCGGCUCCGUUGCGUCACCUCGCCUUUCGAUCGAACUGUGUUUAGCUUAAUCUUUGCAAGACCUGAAUUCUUAGUGGUUGACUCGACUCAUGUUGCUCGUAGCAGAGUAAACCAGGCUGCGUUUCCCCGUGUGCUAAUGAAGAAUCUGUUCUUCA